AUGGCAGAAGAACUUGAUAUGCGCAAUGAGUUGGAAGAAAUGCAGCGGCGUGCUGACCAGCUGGCGGAUGAGUCACUUGAAAGCACCCGUCGUAUGCUGCAGCUUGUUGAAGAGAGUAAAGAUGCUGGUAUCAGGACUUUGGUUAUGUUGGAUGAGCAAGGAGAACAACUGGAACGCAUCGAAGAGGGAAUGGACCAAAUCAAUAAGGACAUGAAAGAAGCAGAAAAGAAUUUGACGGACCUAGGAAAAUUCUGUGGUCUUUGUGUCUGUCCAUGUAACAAGCUUAAAUCAAGUGAUGCUUACAAAAAAGCCUGGGGCAAUAAUCAAGAUGGGGUUGUAGCCAGCCAGCCUGCACGUGUUGUGGAUGAGCGGGAGCAGAUGGCCAUCAGCGGUGGCUUUAUCCGCAGGGUAACAAAUGAUGACCGAGAAGGCGAAAUGGACGAAAACCUUGAGCAGGUCAGCGGCAUCAUUGGAAAUCUCCGUCACAUGGCCCUGGAUAUGGGCAACGAGAUUGACACACAGAACCGCCAAAUUGACAGGAUCAUGGAGAAGGCUGACUCCAACAAAACCAGGAUUGAUGAAGCCAACCAACGUGCAACAAAGAUGCUGGGCAGUGGUUAA